AUGCCGCAGAAUCCGUUCCGAAAGUUCAAGUUGGCGAAUAAACCAGCUCCAAAUGAUAACACUGUCACACAAUCAUGGCUAGAAUCCAAAGUUCACCUCCAACUACCUGGGCGUAAGCGAAAAACGAUGUUUUCAAAGGAUCAAGCAAGUAAUUACUAUAAUAAUCUAUCUCCAGAAACGCGCAAGACUUACGGAUACCCGCUUCCUGCAAAGACACCUGGAUUCAAAAUACCAAGAAAGCCAUUGCCAGAACAUCAAUACAAUCUCGACGAGAAUAUAAAAGUGAAAAUUGGUAAGAGCCCCAAUUUUGUCCGACCACAGACAACAAACAUUCCACUCCCAGCAAAUCCCCCCAAGGCGCAUUCGCGAGCAAAAUUAUCUUCCUCGCAAAACAGUUCCCGAUCAGGACCAUCCCGAACCCCUUCAAAAAUGAAUAUGGAAGAGCUAAAGAGAGAUUUCUCCGAUUUUGAGAACCUCCGGCCAAGCAAGGAAUUUCAGAAGUUACAACAAACUAUGAAGGAAACCAAGCAUGCUCAACCACAAACAGUAACAUCAAGCGAAUUUCAAAGAUAUAAGUCGAUCGCAGGCGUAAUUCAUGAUGAACCAUCACGAAGAUCCUCGAUACAAUCUGCGGAUCCUCAUUCAAAACCCGGAUCCAGCAGGAUACAUUCGCCAGUUGAACAAUUCCAAGCACAAGGCCUGAGUCUCGAAAUGUUAGAGGAUCAAUAUUACAGUCUAGAAGCGCAAGAUCGCCAAAAUAAAGAGCACCACCAGUCAUCAGCAAAAUCUCUUCGAUCAGGAGCAAGAUCUCAUAAGUCAAGGGCGGUAACCACUCCUCAGUCGCCUAAGAAAAUCCAACAGAUUGAAGCAAGACCUUUACCGCCAACACCGAAGCCGCAUCGGUCCUCAGAAGUACCUAUACAUUCAUCAGCAAGAUCUCAGAGACCUAAAAUAUCAAGUACUCCCACACCAAUAGAAAACAUCAGGCAAUUAGAAACAGAAUAUUCACCACGAAUCCGAACAACGAGUUCAUCGCAUCGACCGGCAGAAACACCUAUUUAUUCAUCAGCCAGAUCAUACAGGCCUCGAGCACCAAAUACUGCCAGACCGUUAGAGAAUAAUAACCGGUUAGAAACAGGGUUCCUAGAACGUUGUCCGAUGCCACAUCAAGCACUAAUAAUACCACAUCAACCAUCAUCAAGACCUCACAGACCCCCAACCCAACUCAUUCCGAAACCCAAAAGAACUGUCCACUUCGAAGAAAGACCUUCGCAGCCAGUCCCAAAUACCCUCCGGGAACGAAGAAGGCCUCCUCUAGAACCACCGCAGCCACAUUCAGAUAGAUUCAAGCCGCAUCCACCUGUACGAUCAUCUUAA